AUGUCGUCCAGUGAGAUCUAUCGCUACUACUACAAGACAUCCGAGGACUUGCAGGGCUUCAAGACAGCCGCCACCGAGCCGUACUUCAAUCCCAUGGCCGCCUACAAUCCCGGCGUGACCCACUACCAGUUCAAUGGGAACACCCUGGCCAGCAGCAGCAACUAUCUGUCGGCCAAUGGGUUCAUCAGCUUCGAGCAGGCCAGUUCCGAUGGCUGGAUCUCCUCCUCGCCGGCUAGCCACCGAUCCGAGAGUCCCGAGUAUGUGGAUCUCAAUACCAUGUACAAUGGAGGCUGCAACAACAUGGCCCAGAACCAGCAAUACGGAAUGAUUAUGGAGCAGCCAGUGGUUUCCACAGCACCCGCCAUUCCAGUGGCCUCUCCCCCCGCAGUGGAGGUCAUGGGCUCCUCCAAUGUGGGCACUUGCAAAACGAUUCCAGCGCCAGCAGCUCCCAAACCCAAGCGCAGCUACACGAAGAAGAGCCAGCCCAGCACCACUGCCACCACCUCCACACCGACUGCCGCUGCAGAGGAGUCACCUGCCCAAGUGAAUCUCUACACAGAGGAUUUCCAGAACUUUGACUUCGACAACUCCGCCUUGUUCGAUGACAGCGUCGAGGAUGACGAGGACCUCAUGCUCUUCAGUGGCGGCGAGGAGUUCGAUGGCAAUGACGGAUCCUUUGACUUGGCCGAUGGUGAGAACCAAGACGCCGCUGCCGGAGGCUCGGGAAAGAAGAGGCGUGGCAAGCAGAUCACGCCCGUGGUGAAGAGGAAGCGUCGCCUGGCCGCCAAUGCCCGUGAGCGUCGUCGGAUGCAGAACCUGAACCAGGCCUUCGAUCGCCUCCGCCAGUAUCUUCCCUGCCUGGGUAACGAUCGCCAGCUGUCCAAGCACGAGACCCUCCAAAUGGCCCAGACCUACAUCUCCGCUCUCGGGGAUUUGCUGCGUUGA